CGUUCAUCUCUGUGCGCUGUUGUUGUGUGAAGCUGAACUCCGAAGAGGUCGCCCUUUUGUGAGCUUUUUUCGGCUGUCAGCAUUGCCGCAAACGGCCCAUGGAGCUGUUUCCUGUCCCGAACGUCGUCGGGGCGCUGGGCUGGAUGGUGGACAUGUUCAGCCCCCAGAUGUGGAAAGCGUGCGCAUUGGACGUGAGCUGUCGGCUGGAAUGCUUCCCACCUAUCUUCAUAGAUCCUCCCAUCAGAUUCCUUCCAAAGCUGUCGGAGAUUGAUGCGGAGGAGGCAUCAGCCAGAAUUCAGUACUGGGGUGCAAUCCUUCUGUUGUCGCCAGUGCUGAUGGCAGGAGUAUGUGAAACCGUGCGGCAUUGUUUCCAGUGUGCCAAGAAGUCUUUCGAAACGGACGACUCCAGCAUGAGCAGGGUCGCUCCAAGUUAUCAGUCGCUGAAAGUUGAGGAAGACUACGACUCGGAAGCUCAGAGUGACUCGGAGAUGGGCCAAAAGGUUUAUGAAGAUCAUCCAUUCAAAGGAGACACUGUAUACUUUGCUUUGGGUAUCACCUUUUACCACAUAUUUUGCGCUGCUACAGUACUCCUCGCUAUGAUGAAUGGCUGGAUCUCGACGAAGGGUGGUGGUGACUUUGCAUGGGAGCUUUGGGCGCUUUGGCAGCAGGUCUGCCUCUGGGCUUUGUUUGCACAGAAUCUGGUUAGAUGCAUUAUGCUGGAUGCCGAUGCCUUGCAAGUAUCGACGGCCACAACGGUGCUUUUAUACACUCCACCCUUCUUGAGCGAGCUGUGUGAUACCAUGAAAGAUUGGAUAGUCACAGGGAUUUGUCUUCUCCAUGCCGACUCAUGGACAGGCUUUGCUUUUGGAGCAACUCUCACAGGAGUUGAGGCAUUUGUGAUCCACAUGGAGUUGGUGCCAAAAAAUUUGCGCAUUUUAGACGACUCGUACCCGCCUUUGAUGAUUUUGCAGGUCGUGUAUGCCAUGGUUUUGGGCGUGCAACUGCAUCUGGUCAUUUGCUUGCCCUAUGUAUUUCUAGGUGCUCUCGGAGGCCGCAAUGAUACUGCUGGGAUGUUUUCGUGCAUCAUUGCAAUUAUUGUGAGUGGCUUGGUGCUUCAAAUUUGUUCAAUGUCCCACGCUUGGGACCAUGUUGCCAAAACGGCCUCUGUAAUUCUGGAAGCAUUGGCAGAUGGUGGAUUUUUGGCCGUUUUGUCUACUUAUGUCAUUAUCUACUCGCACAUCCUUGUAAACCGCAGCAAAGACUGUGCACAAGAUCUUCGCAAAAAGUACGGGGGGAUUCUCGAGUUGCCACUGAAACCCACCACGACAGGUGAGGAAACCACGUGGGAGUGUAUAGAGAGACAUGCAGGAAAUUCGUUUGCGGACUUCGUGAGUGGGGCUCGCUUAUUGAUCGCUUGGGCUGAGGAUUGGCCUCAAGGGAUCAUUGGUGUAGCGCUGGUAUUCAGAUACUCGGGCAUAAACGGCUUGGGGUUUGCAGGCUUUUCUGCAAUCAUCAGUGUUUCCAAAGGACUACUAAUCCCUUAUGGUCAGCGCAUCAUUCUUCUGUGGAAAGCAGCCGCAGUCCAGAGGGCCUUGGAAGAUUUGGUCGAAACUGACGCAAAGCAAAGCGAGUGGGUUGAGAAGUUGAAGAACACAUCGGAUUUGUGGAGUGCGGAGGAAGUGCGCGACAAGCUCCAAGGUUGGCUGAAACAGCCAUCAAGCGAGGUGCUUGAUCGGUUGGGUGUCACGGCCGUUGAACUAUACAAGCCCAUACACGUGCAACGGGACCAAUGGCUUGCAAGUGUUGUCAAAAGUGACGAUCGUGACAAGGUUGUCAAAAGUGACGGUUGUGACACGAUCAGAUGUCGACUUGUUGCCAGCUAUUUGCAAAAAGGUGUGCCCGCAACGGAGCUUUUCCGCCGGGGACACUUUAUUGGCAGAUGCAAGCUUGCUGGCUUCAGCGUCGAACAGUGCAAGGGCAUUGCUAGCUUCGAUGCCAAAGGUUGCAGGAAUGCCGGCUUCCUUCUCAGUGAAUGCCUACAAUCAGGUUGCUACACACUGCGCGAAACCAUGGACGGUGGCUUUAGCGCUGAUGAUUGGAAGGCUGCAGGAUACACUGCGAAGGAUUUCAAGACUCAUAGCACUGUCAAGAUGUGUGUAUCAGCAGGCUUUACCGUCGAGGAGUGCACACGAGCUGGGUUUGCCAGAAAGGACGCGGAAAGUGCAGACUAUGAAAUCAAGGCCCAGCAGAAGUGACCUGCGUCAUGGGUGUGGCAUUCACCAACAAGUUCCCUACUCUGCGACCAUUUGCACUGAGCUUGUGAUCGGCAGGACCUCUAGGCGAAAAAUGCUAGCUUCGAGCAGUUCAUGGUGGAGUCUAACAACGCAAGUGCUCAUGUUCUCCAAUAUUCUCCAAGAAGUGAUUUCUCUGGUCUGUAUAUUGGGGGUUGGAGAUGGAGAUGCACAAGACAAACCUGGCUUUUGGUGGAGCUGCAAUAAUCUAUCUCUGACCAGGGGUCCCUCAAUUCGCCUUCUUCAUAUCAUUCCAACGAAUGCCCCUUCGCAGUCUUGCUGGAGGCACGAUUAUGAGCCCUGUGCGGAGGAUGACGAGGAGUCUGACCUGGAGAUGAUUGCUCGGGAUGUGCCUGACUGGCUGCCUGCAUGGUUUCUCAGUGGGGUCCCAGAUGAGGUCAAGGACUCCUUGAACGGGGGCUCAGCAGGGCUGAGCUGGGACACGACAUAAGUUGGUGAGCAGGUGACUUCUUUCCACAGAUUAGUAAUUUUCAAUGGUUAUGCAACUUUCAGC